AUGGCUUUCCAGAAGUUUAUGGAAGAAUUCGUUAGGAAACGAGACUUAGAGGGUCUGAAGAACUACUUUACGAUUUGUCGAGAAACUACUGGUGACGAAGACCUGUCAUCACUUCUGGAAGUUCGAUUGAGGGAGAGGGGACUGGAUAUCGCAAGGGGUCCGGACGAAACUAUUGAAGAAAAUGUGCGGCGACACUUGGAAUUUGCACUGAACGUGUGCAAGAGUGGUAAGGGACGAAACUCGCGCUUGUUGCCGACCGACUUUUAG